UUCACUUUCGCUUUCACCGGGCGCAGAUGUUUUUGGAGAGAAUCAAAACACGCCCGUACCAGUGCCAAAUUUUGAAGCAGGGAUUAAUGUCUUUCUCGUGAGCAAUUUUUUGCGAUCGGCAAAGAUGUUGUCGUGGAUUAAGCGGCUUUUUUUCGUGCUGAUCUGUCAAGCCCUGUUGCGACCGGCGACGGCCGCUUUCAACUUUUCCAGCCUCGAUUUACCGGAGGAGCAUUUGCCGUUUUACUUCAAAACUUUCCCGAGCGUCGCUGAAGAAUGCAGAGGAGACCCUGACUGCCCUUUUAAGAACCAACUAGAUAAAAAGGUCUGCUGGGGCUAUGAGCCUGACUGUCAGUUGGAAAAUGCAUUCCAAACACCAUCCUGCCCAGGAGACCACAAAGGCUGGGUCAAGUCCAAAGAAGCCCAAAUUAAAGCUUUCUAUACACAAGCCGACUUUGGAUAUCUCAAGGAACAAGACAAGCAAAUUAAAAUCUUGUGCGAACCUCUUUUUAAGGAAGACUCUGCCCUUGAGUGCAGUGACCACCUUCGAUUUUGUCGAGGCAGAAAUAUUAUGAUAAAUUUUACUCAACUGGCCCUCCAGCCGGCCAGGUAUAAAAUGGACGUACUGAAACCUGGUCAAAUAGGAGGGUAUUGCACAUUACAUGAGGCUCGAAUGAAAGAGAACUUGGAUCACCUCAGUCCUUUGCAGUCGUGGGCACCAGAAAUGAGGAAUUUCGAAAGAAUUCUUCAAAGACCUAUCCAGAAUGACCUAUGUGACAUUGUGAUUGAAAAGCCAACCUACAUUCUUAAAAUUGAUGCUGCUGUCAACAUGUACCACCACUUUUGCGACUUUUUCAACUUCUACGCAUCUCUGCACUUGAACUCGACCCACCCUGACGCAUUUUCAACCGACGUCAACAUCGUAGUUUGGGAAACCUACCAAUACCAAUCUGCCUUUUCGGAUGCAUUCAAGGCGUUCACUCGAAACCCAAUUUUAGAUCUGAAUUCAUUCAGAGGAGAGGUCGUUUGUUUCAAGUCAGUGGUGUUUCCUCUCCUGCCUAGAAUGAUUUUUGGGCUGUUUUACAACACCCCCAUUGUAUACGGAUGUGAAAAUAGUGGCCUCUUCAAAGCCUUCUCUCAGUUUAUGCUGCACAGACUGAAAAUCCCAAGAAGAGACUCCGAGUAUUUUGAAAUUGAUGACGGAAAGGAAGAUGAGCCUGAGAAAAUCAGAAUCACAGUCCUUUCGAGGAAAACGGCUUAUCGUCAAGUGUUGAAUGAGGAGGCGUUGCUUGAGAAACUUAGACAGGAUGAUAAAUUUAUUGUGAAAAAGGUGGAGUACAGUAGGAAGAUUCCAUUCCCUGAGCAAAUAGCCAUGACGCAUAACUCGGACAUUUUCAUCGGCAUGCAUGGUGCUGGUCUUACUCAUCUCUUGUUCCUUCCUGACUGGGCCGUCCUUUUUGAAAUUUAUAAUUGUGAAGAUGAACACUGCUACAAAGAUCUGGCCAGACUGCGAGGAGUAAAAUACAUGACUUGGACAAACAGCAGUGCUAUGAAUCAGCAGGAUGAGGGUCACCAUCCGGACGGUGGAGCUCAUGCCAAAUUUACUAACUACGAAUUCGACCCAGACGAGUUUGUCAAAAAGGUCAACGAGGCUGCCGAGCAUGUUAGUUCUCACAAAUCGUACUUAAAGUACUUACAAAAAAUUAAAUUGAAGCAUCCUGUGAAUGCUAGUGAGGAAAGCGUUGAGCCUCAAGAAAAUGAGCUCUCUGAAGAGCCCGAAUCUAAAAUUAAUGUUGAAUUGCAAGAUGAACAUGAUGAGCUGUGAUUUUUUAAUCGUCAACUAAUAAUUAUCGAACAAAUGCUUAUUGCUUAUUAGUAUUAACAAAAAGGCUGCUAACUGUAAAACUGCACAAUUUUUGGUGAUUUUUAUACAUUGUUAAAAUUUAUUGUUCAAUGCGCAAUAAAAUAUUGGA